AACUUGGUGGUCUUUAUUGGUUUAGAAAUGAGGAUCCGGUGGUAUAGAACAGUAUUGUUGAUAGAGGCAGAUUUAGUGGAUAACAGACCCUGAAAUGGAUGCCAUGGUGUCCAACAACUGGAUUCACGAACACGGUGAUGUCGCUUCCUCUGAAAGGUAUCAUUUUCUCUCCUCCGUUUUCCUUGGUAGUUGGGGUCUCCAUCCCUCUUCCCCCUUUGCUCUUCUCUUUAUUCAGCCCCCUGAGGUCCACCUUUGUCUGCUGCACUCACACUGUGGGAAACACCCUCUCGCCCUGGUUGUCCUUCCUUCUCACCCGUUUGUCUUUCCUUUUCUCCUCAGGUAAGAAGAGGAAGAAGACGAGAGGUGACCACUUCAAGCAAAGAUUCCGCAAGAACUUCCAGGCUCUCCUGGAGGAAGAGAACCUGAGUAUGAGUGAGGGCCCCAACUACCUGACAGCGUGUGCCCCGCCCUCCAAGUUUCCGCAGCGGCACUUCUGUGCUGUGUGCGGCUUCCCCUCCAGCUACACCUGCGUGUCGUGUGGGGCGCGCUACUGCUGUGUACGCUGCCUAGGGACACACCAUGAAACCAGAUGCCUGAAGUGGACGGUGUAACACCAGUGUGUGAAUGGAGGUUUCAUUCCCUUCCACCCACCCUGAGGGAGCGGAUCCACAGCACUGCGAGUGCUCAUGGCCCACAGUAACACAGGAAGAUCCAGCCUGCAGUGGCAGGGAGCUGCCUGUGAGAGUGAGCUGGGGGCCUCAGUGUGUCUCCUGCCCUGCUGGGUGUGUGUGUAAAUAAGUCCAGGCCAGCAAACUGUCCACUGGAGAACAGGAGGGAAGUAAGCUUGGGCAGUACCCUGGUCCAUGCCCUGUGUGCAUGACUGAAUGGAGCAGGGAGGAGCAUCAGGGGUCCAGCCAUGGGAUUGCAGGCUCAAACCCAUGAUUCAUGAAUUUGUAAAGGCCCAAAGCCGUUAAUUUAAUGUAUUUGUUUUUUAGUAAGCACACACACACACACACACACACACACACA